AUGGGACAUGCUGUGAAGGAAUUAUCGAAGCAAAAUGUUCCUUUCGCGGUGCGCGGAGGCGGUUGGAUGCCAGUUCCAGGGGCCGCAAACAUCAAUUCCAGCGGAGUACUGUUAUCGACCCAAAACCUGACCGGCCUUGAACUCUCCGAUGAUGGGACUUCCGUUUCGGUCGCAUCCGGCCAUGAUUGGUCAGAUGUGUAUAAAUAUCUAUCCCCUCACGGGUUGACCGCGGUGGGUAGCCGCAUUGGCGUUGUUGGUGUUCCUGGCUUUCUGCUAGGAGGGGGCAUGUCCUUCUUGAGCAACGAACAUGGCUGGGGUUCAGCAAAUGUCAUUGGCUAUAAGGUUGUCUUGGCAUGCGGCUCUGUCGUGUAUGUUACCGCUACUAACGACUAUUCUGAUCUCUUCUGGGCACUUCGUGGCGGCGGUAACAGCUUUGCUAUUGUCACUAGAUUCGACCUAAAGACCGUCGAGGCGGCAGAAGUUGCUGUCGGCAGUGUAGGCUAUGGCGCUGGCCAAAGAGACUCCUUCAUCAAGAACUUGUUCGAUUUCAGUCAGAACGGUGUGCUCGAUCAGCGAGCUUUUGUCCUCCCGACAAUUUCUUUCGUGCCAGCUGCUAGUUCCAACAUCACUUAUUCGGCAAAACUAUUCUACAACGGUGCUAAUGACACCACCCCUGGAUCUCUUGCAGAUUUCCUCCCUCCGAAAGCAACCUCUCAGAUCUCUAGCACAUUCUCUAUUCGAACCAUGGCCAACUGGACUGCGGAAUCUGACGAGGGCUUUGAUCGGGUUCACGGUCAGAACUUCCGCUUCCAUGGCUUCACCAUCCUGGCGAAUCUAGACACCAUGUACGAAGCUCACGACACCUUUUUCAACUAUGCAAAAGAGCAUGGUACUGGAAUCACCGGAUUCAUCGCUACACUCGCAAUGAAUCCCAUUGCGAAGUCUUUUCUCGUCAAUAACCGAGGCGAAGAUCCUGCCGGGGACCCGAUGGGCGUCAAUGCCGACGCUGGGCCGUACUUCAUGUGUGAACAGACCUUUUCUUGGUCUUUCAAGAACGAGACUGAGCUCAUGACCAAGCUAAUCGCUGGUGUCAAUUCUGAGUUGGAAGUCAAGUUGGCAGGUGUCUUGUGGCCUUUUGUGCCUCUCAAUAAUGCAGGUGAUACUCAGGAUGUUUUCUCGGGAUACGACUCUACAAACGUUGAAAGGCUCAAUCGGAUAAACAAGAAGUACGAUCCUCAUGGCACUUAUACCAGAUUGAUGAUUGGCGGAUUGAAACUCUGA